AUGAACAACAUUUUUAGAGAGUACGUAGAUGAUUUUGUGCUUAUAUUCAUUGAUGAUAUAUUGAUCUAUUCCAAGAAUGAAGAGGAACACAAGAAGCACUUAAGGACAGUCUUGCAACGAUUAAGAGAUCGAAAGAUUUUUGGAAAGUUUUCAAAGUGUGCUUUCUUUCAAGAAAAGGUGUACUACUUAGGUCAUGUUAUAUCUGCUGAAGGAAUUUCAAUUGAUCCUGCAAAGAUAGAGGUAAUUUUGGAUUGGCCAACACCUCAGAGUGUUACAAAGGUCAAAAGUUUUAUGGGUCUUGCAGGAUAUUACAUGAAGUAUGUGGAAGUUUUUUUAAAGAUAGCGGCACCUAUUGCUUCACUUCAGAAGAAGGAAAAUAAAUUUGAGUGGACUAAGAAGUGCAAAGAAGCAUUUCACCUUUUGAAGCAGAAGUUGACAACAACACCGGUAUUGACUAUACCAGAUCCUAAUGGACACUUCACAGUGAUUAUAGAUGCUUCAAGUGAAGGUGUAGGAGUAGUGUUAAUGCAGAAAGGAAAGGUGGUUGCUUUUGAGUCUUGGAAACUGAAACAAUAUGAAUUGAAUUAUGCACCACAUGACUUGGAGAUUUUAGCUAUAGUUCAUGCAUUACAAAUGUGGAGGCAUUACCUUCUAGGGAAGCCAUUUGAGUUGAAGACAAACCACUUAGGACUGAAAUAUAUCUUUACAUAG